AUGAGACUAAUAGCAGCUCUUUCUGGGAACACGCUGCCAGUCAGCAUGUUACUGAGUGCCUUCUUUCUUCCAGGUGCUUUGGCUAUGUACUGUGAUAAGAAACCAGCGGCCUUCAAUAUCACUGCACCAAGCAACAUUGAAGCUCUGAGUGGAUCUUGUUUGGAGAUCCCCUGUAGUUUUACAACAAAUCAUCCAAAAUUUAACAGAACCAAUAGUGUCCAUGGAGUUUGGAUGAAAAAUAAUUUAGACUUUGACUCUAAUCCAAAUUAUGUAAUUUUCAACAGCAGUAAGUCAGUAAACACCUUUUCAUUGGAGUUAAGCGGAAACCUUGCAGAGAACGACUGCACCACUCUGUUUCCUGAUGUUAACUCAAGUCACACAGACAAAUAUUUCUUCAGGAUUGAGAACGGACAAUUCAGAGCAACAGGCUGUGCUCAUCCUCUCAAUAUAACAGUCACAGAUUCUCCCUGGAGUCCUACCAUUUAUGUUCCCUCUGACCUGAAGGAGCAUCAGUCUGUCACUGUAACCUGCUCAGCUUUCACUCCCUGUCCAAACUCACCUCCUGAACUCACCUUGAAUCUCCAACAAGACUCUCUCAGACACACAGAAAACAGAGAUGGAACCUUUACAACUAAAAUCCAGGAGAUCAUCACUCUGUCAGACACACAUGAUGGAUACAACAUCAGAUGUUCUGCCAGAUAUCCUGUGAUUGGAGGAAACAAGACAGCAGAGACAGAAGUGACUCUCAGUGUUUCAUAUGCUCCUAAAGACACCUCAGCAUCCAUCAGUCCAUCAGGUUUGGUGUCAGCAGGUAGCUGGGUGGAGCUGAGCUGCUCCAGCAGAGCCAAACCUCCACCCACAUUCACCUGGUUCAGGAAAAGUGAACAUGGAGACAUUAAUGUGUCUGUGGGGCCAAUUUAUGAACUCCAGUUGAACAACAUGACAAAUAUAGAAAGUCAUUUUUGUGUGGCUGCAAAUAUUCUCGGUAAUCAGACAACGUCAUGGAGUCACUUGAAAAAUACAGAAAUGGGGAUGCAGACAGUUCUUGGCUUAGUUAUUUUGCUGUUUAUUUACGUUGGGAUCAUCGUCUUGGUUUUCUUAAUUUGUUUCAUCAAGUCCAAACAGCAAUCUCCCCAACAGCCUGAGGCUGAACCAGAUGAGGAUGUUACAGUUCAAAUGCCUCCUGAUAAAACUGAAGAACUCCAGUAUGAGGACAUGAACGUUUUUCAGGGACGACCAGAAGCUUCCAAUGAAUCUAUAAAGCAGAGAGGACAGGAGGAGAUAGUUUACUCCCAGAUCAAAAAGUUCAGGGCAAGAAACUGCUCAGUGCAGACCUCUGACAGUUCGGAGGAAACUUACAUUGAAAUGAAACAUCAAUAACUGCUGUUGUGCGGUCACAGAAACAUAUUUUUUGUCUUUACGUCAGAUCUUUAUGAUUCUCUUUCCCUGUUGCACUUAAUUUCUCCAUAGUUUUAUCAUUUGGCUUUUUGGAGGCUUUCUUCUGGGUGAUGAAGUUUGUCAGACUUGACAGCAUGUCUGCCACAACUCAUGCGUUUUUUUUUUUUUGUGAUCUUAAAAUACAUCCACAGUUGUGCCUCCUGUUAACGCAGAUGAUUCAGUUAACCUAUGAGGAGUGUGUGGAAGGAAACCCAAAUGGUUUGAUCUGAGUCAUAUGCUUUAAAAGACAGUUGUCCCUGACACCGACGUGUCAAGUUUUUA